GGACAAACCUGGCAACCGGGUCUAUGCGCUGGAUACAGCAUACAGUAUGGCGGACAACGAAAGUGAUUUGGAAACCGACGGGCUCGAAUUGGCUCUGGACUCGCUGUGUCUGAGACACUGCAUGGACGAAUCGUCCCUGAACAGCAAGGACUACUGCUCCGACUUCUGCGAGUUGGUUCAGGAGUACACCGGCCAGUGGCAUGUUCCUCUUCCUCAACUCAAGGUGCUGCGGACUGCUCUCUGCAACUUUACCAAAGCCACAGCUGCCUUUCCUGACGACUGUCAGCACGUCCAGUAUGUCCUCAGCAGUCUGGCCCUGAGCUUCUUUGAACUGAUGCUGUUCUUUAGCAAGGAGGAGUUUUUAGAGGAGCCUUUAAAAAACAUCCUUGAUUGUUUUCAGGAAUGCCAUUCCAAACUUCUGAGACACAGGAACAUCUAUCUUCAUCACGUGAAGCAGGUUAUCAAAGGUGGAGGUCCGUGGGAGAAUCCAGCGUUGCAAAGAAUUCUGAAAGAGGCAGAAAUGUCACAAAGUGAAGUCGAUGACUACUUGAGGACAGAAUUGCCGAUCUUUCUGGAGCUACGGGUUCGAUAUCUGCAGGCCUGUGAGCGGAUACAAGAGGCCAUGGCUCUUUGUAAAAGCUGCCUGGAAAACCAGGAGACUGGAAAGCAUCUGUACUUCCAUCAAGCCUACCUGACCUGCCUUUAUAAGGCCUCCCUGUAUGAAAGCCUCCAGAAAGAGAUGGCAGAAAUAGACGGCCGUGAUGCAGUCGAAAUAAUCUGUAACACUGAGAGCGUGGAGAAAGACGAGCUUUUGUUGUCCCUGUGUAAAGCUUUUCUCACUCGGCAGCUGCAUGAAGGGGACAUGUAUUACAUCUGGGAUCUUGUCUUCAUCUGGAGUAGAUUGCAUCUAAGGGCCUCUCCAUCCCGACAAGGCUUCCUGGCUGAGUGUUUGGAACUAGCUUCAUCUGCUACCAAUGUCAGAGCCAUCUUCCCCUUCAUCAAACUGCUUACUGAGCUUGGAGGUAAAGGAGUUGAGGUUGCUGUUGAGCUCUGUGCCAGGGCGUUGCAGCUCUGUGAUAUGCAGGGUGACACUGUAACCCGCUCACUUGUCUGCAAGACCAUCGCCUUCCUGCUGCCUCAUGACCUAGAGAUCUGUCGAGCGUGUUCCCUGCUGGUCUUUUGCCAGGAGCGAAGCCUGGAGGCGUACCGAACUGUGUGUCUUCUUUACAGGCAUCCGGAUCAGGAGCAACAUCCUCACAACAACCCUCUCAGGACCAACGUUCGCUUCGUAAUUAUGCAGAUGUUAAAAGAGCGGCUGUGCUUUGACCCUGAGUUUUGGAACCUCCUGACUCUCAGGACUCGCUGCUUGGAGUUGAUGAGCGAUAAUGUCGUGAAGGAUGCUGUACUCAGUGAGAUGAAGGAGGAGGAAGAAAAGGAAUACAGAGAAGGUCUCUUACCCAAUAACUGUGUGAAUGAGUCGUGCGCUCCGUCCCUUGAUUCAUGCCUCAGGACUCAAGCGGCAGUUGAGAGCAAAGACCUUCCAGAGAACCUAGUUGUGGUGGCUCCAGAAACCAAGUGUCUUGCACAGAGUCGUGUACACCUAAGGAGGAGGAAAUGGAGAAAACCUUUGGCAAAGCUGGACUUUGUUGACGAUCCUGAAUUUAAGUACAAUCUCAAACCCCAUUCUUUGAGCAGUAAGCCCAUGUACUCACUAAGAAACAACCACAUUAAAGUCGGCUAUACUGGUCCUGUAAGGCUGCCCUCGAACCACAGCGGAGAAUACUUUCCCCAAGGCGUUAAAAACCAGAUUUUUAAAAGAAGGGGUCGGAAGAAGAGAUGGCUGCAGGGUCUUCCAAACGUGGAGCAAGCGCAGCCGGUUUCAGCGAAAAAGUUCAAAGUGGGUGGCGAAAAGCGAGGAAGAAAGCCUUUACCGAGACUGGAGUUGUCUUUCCCCGAAAAUGAAAUUCCCGUCACAGAGGAAGCCUGCGGUGUGGAGGUGGACGCAGAAGGCAAAGAGCAAGCUUUACCUGAUUUGGAUUUUGAACCACAAAGCAUUGGUAAGCAGACAGAGGAUGAAGUUGAGCUGCUAAACGAGCCUAACAAGGAAAACAGCGCGGACGCCAGUGUGGUCGCUGGUUACCGUCUUGGCGAACAGUCUGAAGAGGCACCUCUGGUGUCGAAGCUUUGUGAUGAUCUGCCGAGUGAGCCCCAAGGUGCUGUUCCUGUCCAAGCUAACCCCGAGGUUGACGGUCCUGUCAUUGAAUUACUGGUUAAUCCAGUAGAGUUGCUACACAAUUACUCCCUUCUUCCUAGAACGUCUGAUGGCGAUGAACCAAAGUCCCCAGAAUCAAAGACAUCUGAAGAGGUUAAUGGUAACAUAAAGCAGGAGUCCAAGUCAGAAGUGGAAACAGAAGACCAAGAAGUUAAGCCUAAACCGAUAAAAACAUGGAGAGAGAGAUCGCUCCGGACUCAACAAUAUGGUCACUUAAGCUUUACCUGCAAGAUCUGCCAUAAAACCUUCAAGGGUUUGAAUGUGAUGAGGCACGCAUUCUCACAUUUAAAGAAAAGGAGACUAAGAUGCAUUCUCUGUGGGAAACACUUCAAGAAUCUGCCUUUGGCCAAAAAGCAUAUUCUCGACCACAUAAAUGAAAUGUCCAACCACAAACCAAACGAGGAGCAAACGCAGGAAAGUCCGCCUGCUAACGGGGUCAUGGAAAACGAGCACCGGUCUGAGGAGGAAAAUCUACCGUCUGUCACUGAGAACAAACCGAAAAAGAAACCCAAAUCCAAAAAUAAGCUUUUGAACCUCAAGAGGGAAGAGCGGAUCAUCAGGAAUAUCCGCAUCCUGCUUAAAAAGACGGCUUUGAUCCACAAAAAGAGCAAAAACCCAAGCGUGGACAUCAUAAACAUGGUAGAGUUCAGCGACGAGCAAGUGGUCAUUGCCGACGGCCUGGUGAUAAUAAAGAACGCGUCUUUGAAAAAGACAGAGGAGGAGGCCACGGAGACCCCCGUGGAGGAAAACGGCUGCAGUGUGGACUCCACGUACCCCCUGUGUCCGUCAGAGGUCUGCGAUCGGGUCUUCUUGAAAAUGAACAGUUCGCUGACGAGGCAUGCCAUCAAAUGCCAUCUCGGUGAGGAGAAGGUGCUAGAGAAAACCUACGUUUGGUCCAAGCACAAGUGCUACUUCUGCGUCAGGCAUAUCAAUUAUUUGGAGCAGUAUAAGCAGCACAUGAAGCUCCACAACGACCCUCUGCCAUUCUUCUGCUACCAUACGGAGUGUAAGCUGCGCUUCGCAACGCAGCCAGAAUUAAAGGAGCACAUCAACACCCACCAGCCCUUCAGACCUCAGUGCACAUACCCAGACUGCGAGACGCUGUUCUCAAACUUCCAGACUCUCGCCGACCACGAGUGGAGGCACUACAUCCCAGUGCCACAGAGGAAGGAGGUGGACCUCGGAGCCAGCACGAAAAACAAGCCGAGCGAAGAAGCUCCUUGGAAGCAGAGAGUGAAAAUUGAAGAAAUUUGGCUUCAGAAUAAAACUGCCCAAAGGAGUCCCACUCCUGAUAAAAGCAAAACGGAAGAUCAGGAAACGUCUACGACGGACCACAGCCAGAUUGUGUGUGAGUAUACCUGUCCGACAACAGAAGUUAGCCACGGACCAACGGACGAUAAGCCCGCCGUCAACGGAUUCGAGGACGUGACUAAAGGGAUCCCGGAGGUUUCCAGUUCCACCCCUCACACUGCUAAAUCCCCCAAAAAGAGACCUCAAAAGAGCCCCUCCAGCUGGGACGUCAUCAACGUCAAAGAGUGGCAGGAAAUGUCCACGCUGGCCGAGGGAAUCCAGAAAAACAUAGCCGAGCCGCACAUCACCGAGCACAAGACCUUCAAACCCGAAGAUCCCGCCUACGCCCCGUUCGUGAAAACCCCCUUCGUCCGGCCGCCGCCCUCCACCUACCUGAACGAGUCUUUGCUCUCCAUGCGCAAGAGGAGGUCCCCCGACCAGCCGCCCCUCAAACAAUAUACCAACACUAAGAAGAAGAAAGAACUGGCUGCAGAGAAGGGGAGCGGCAACAAAGCGGGGGUACCGGAGAAGGUGCGACAUCGCUGCAGCAAAUGUCUGUCUUCCUUCGGCACGUCGGAGGAACUGCAGUCACACGAAGCGCGCAACACCUGCUCCUCCCUCUUUGGUUUUGAUUCGGACGAUGAAAGUUAAUGUAAUGGGUUCACUUAUUAAAGCAUUAUGGCUUUAAACCUCUAACUCCAUUCAUGAACAGGUAGUGUGUGUGUUCUGUGUGCAGACGGGCGGUGGAGUCAUUUUCAUUUGCCUUACUUGCAUAAUGCAGUAGGAGUUCAGCACCAAAAUGUUUGAGUUGUUGUUCAUUCUAAAUCAAGCAAUAAUUUUAGAUUGAUUUUUUUUU